CCUGCUGCUGCCGACUCAGUGCGGCCUGAGGGCGCUCGAGAUGUACUCGCCGCAGAAGAGUCCGCUGCCGGAGGACUUCCUCUCGCUGUUCUGGGCGAUAGGGACGACGGGUACCCGAGGCGAAGAGAGGAAUAGAGCUCCAUGUCCGGCGCUCGGGCUCAACGCGUCACUUGAGGGGAAGCGUACUCUUCGGUCGUCCGUUUGCCAGAAAAUGAGCUGCGUAGGGGACUAGGAAACCUGCCUGUCGUGAUCUCAACCGAACACUAGACCUUGUAGAAUCGGUAGGCUAAAUGUAAGGUCGAACUCGAGCGAGGGACGCUAGCCUCUUGCUUCUUUGACUUGGGACGUAUGAGUAAUGACACCUCUCAUUGCGACCUGCCA